AUGAGCUCGGAAGGUGCGCAAUCCGUUAUGAAGUGUAAGCUACUCUCGGCGCAGAUGCUGAUUACGGUGCUGAAUGUACUAGCGGGAAACGACAAGUCGGAGCAAGUGCGGAUCGACUUCAGCGAUACGGGGAUCACAUUCCAUGUCACCGAUAAGACCAAGGCAUUUCAAACUUCGAGUCAUGUGGCCGCUUCCCUCUUUGACGAAUACUCGAUGGAGGGACAGACAGAUUCCGUCACUUGCAACCUCGAGCCGUUCGCCAAGUGUGUCUCCAUCUUUGGAAACAGCAAACUCCUCACGACCACACUGCAGAUGACGUACUCCUCCGACGAGAAGUCGAUAAAAUUGAUUUUGGACGAGAACGAGAUGCACAGCGAAUGUCUCAUUCGGACGCUGGCGUCGAUCGACGAAAUCAUCGACUACGGUCCCUUGUUUUCGGAAGAGGAUACGAUGAUGGGCGCUAUCGUGAAGCCGACCGCUCUCCGAUGCGCUCUCACCGAUAUCGAGAACAUGAAGAGCGCAUCGGACGUGGAAUUUGCCUUCCAUCCGGAAGGCGGAUUGUGUGUGUCGUGCAGCGAUCCCUAUUUGGUGUGA